AUGUUGCGUUUAUUUUUAGUGUUACUUUUGAUUUAUAAUUCUCAUUGUUUUCAACAUGAAAUUGUAGAAUCAGAAGACGAAAUUCCUCCUCAUGGUAAAUGCCAGCCGAUAACCGUACCUGCUUGUACCGGAAUAGCUUAUAAUGAAACGAUUUUACCUAAUAUCUUGGGCCAUCAGACUCAAGAUGAAGCCGGCAUGGAGGUUCACCAAUAUUUUCCUCUAGUUAAAAUUAAUUGUAGUCCUGACUUGCAGUUUUUUAUGUGCUCUGUUUAUGUGCCAGUGUGUACGAUCUUGGACCAUGCUUUACCGCCUUGCAGAUCAUUGUGUAUUUCUGCAAGAAACGGCUGCGAACACGUUAUGCUAAAUUUUGGUUUUCAUUGGCCAGACUACCUAAACUGUGAUAACUUCCCGGAACCAGAUCAGCUGUGUGUUGGCCAGAAUAAACUGACAGUGACACCUAAUCCCAAUAGUGACGAUUCAUCCAAUCAUCCUGUGACGAAAAAGUGGUCUCCCUACCACGGCAAAAACUAUGGUUUUGUGUGUCCUGAACAAUUUAAGGUGCCUGAAGUAUUGGAGUAUUCCCUAAAGGUUGGAGAUAAGACCGAAAAGAAUUGUGGAGCACCAUGCCAUUUAAUGUUUUUCAAGAGCAACAGGAAUUUUUCUAAAUUCUGGAUAGGGACAUGGGCUAUUUUGUGCGCUACUAGUUGUCUCUUCACAGUAUGUACAUUUUUAAUCGACACCGACAGAUUUCGGUAUCCAGAACGACCCAUCAUAUUUCUUUCAGUGUGCUACCUAAUGGUAGCAGUAGCAUACGUCGUCGGAUUUCUAGCAGGAGAUACAAUAGCAUGCCGGGAACCGUUUCCAAGUAAACACGGUAUAAUCACAGAGAGCACGAUAACUCAAGGCACCAAGUACGAAAUAUGUACUAUACUUUUCAUGGUUCUUUAUUUCUUCAGUAUGGCUUCUAGUAUCUGGUGGGUUGUGUUAACUUUGACGUGGUUUUUGGCGGCAGGAUUAAAGUGGGGCCACGAAGCUAUUGAGGCAAAUUCCCAGUAUUUUCAUCUAGCAGCAUGGGCCAUACCUGCAAUCAAGACGAUCAGUAUUUUGGCUACUGGAAAAGUUGACGGUAAGUUUUUCAUAUAA